GCAAUCACACCACGUAUUAUAGGGGGCGACAUCUUGUGGAUUAUAUACCAUCGUCAUGUCAGCUAUACCGGAACAGACGUUACUCAGUGGGUACAAGAUACCAUGCGUUGGUCUGGGAACUGCGAAGUCAAAACCUGGAGAAGUUGGAGCGGCUGUGAAGACUGCGAUAGGGCUGGGAUACCGGCAUUUCGACUGUGCACUCGCCUAUGGAAAUGAAAAAGAGAUAGGAGAGGCAAUUAAAGAGGUUACUGGUAAUGGAACAGUCAAACGUGAGGACUUGUUCAUCACAACAAAGCUGUGGAACACCUACCACAGCAAGGCCCGAGUACUGGAGGGGUGUAAGGAGUCCCUGACAAACCUCGGUCUGGACUACAUUGAUCUGUACAUCAUUCACUGGCCUAUUGCUCUGAGGGAAAAUGUUGCAUUAUUUCCGAAAACUCCAGACGGCAAGGCUGAUGUUGUCGAUAUAGACUUCAUUGAAACAUGGACAGCCAUGCAGGAUUUGGUUGACCAGGCUAUGUGUAGAUCCAUAGGUGUAUCCAACUUCAAUUCUAAACAGAUCCAAAGGAUUUUAGAUCUUGGUUUAAAACAUCCACUAUCAUGUAAUCAGAUCGAAAUAUCUCCUUAUCAUUCCAACGAAAGGUUGCUACAGUUCUGUAAAUCCAAAGGAAUUGUUGUGGUCGCGUAUUCUCCACUUGGGUCUGGUGAUCGACCAUUCGUAAAACCCGAAGAUCCAGUAUUACUUGAAGAACCAGAGAUAGUAAAGAUAGCAGCUCAAUACAACAAGUCACCUGCCCAGAUUUUACUUCGAUGGGGUGUACAAAGAGGAUUUACCGUCAUACCAAAGAGUGUGUCAGCAGCAAGAAUGAAUCAGAACUUUCAACUUUUUGACUUUGAACUGAACGAUGAUGAAAUGAAAGUCAUACACGGGAUGAAUCGGAAUGCUCGAUGUCGCACCUGGACCAACCAGAGUUCCACACACAGCCCCUACUAUCCUUUCCAUGAGGAGUUUUAGGAAAAGACACCAAUCAUGAAAUACAUACCCAUUGGUCAACGAAUUGUGUUUAUUUUUGUAUACAUUUAUUUUAUAAUUCAAUUCAUUAUACUGAUGAAUGUUAUUUGACAUUUGCUUUCAACUCUAUCAAAAGAAGUUUGAUGUGUUUAAAACCAUUAUUUCCUAGUGUUGCCGAAUAGCUUUGUUGAUUAGAUUGUUGCAGACACAAAUAAAAUAUCAGA